AUGUCCGGGUCCUGCUCGGAGAUCAAGCUGCGGAGAAGAGCUCUAUGCGUCUCCUGGCUUUCCUGGGCCCUCUGGGGCAGCUUGGCCCUGGCUCCGGCUUGCGGGUACGUGAUCGUGAAUUCGGUCUCCUGGUCUGUGCCCAACGAGGUGGAAGAAGAGCUGGACAGCUCCUCCAACGAAGAGGCUCUCCCCGCCCUCCUUGAAGACACCAGCAGCAUUUGGAAGCAGAGCUACCCGGCCUCGGUGUACAAAGAAGAAGAGGAGAUGCGGACCAGGCCGGGAGCGGGGAGAUCGAAGCAAAUCUCUUCACCGUCGCGGAUGUUUUCUUACCGGAGGGAGAGCUCCAAAGGAGCAGACAGCCCAGCGCUUCCUUCGGAGCAAGCAGCCAGAACGGCCCGGUUAAUGAUGCAUCGCCACGGCUGGGGCUUCUUGGCCACGAUAUCAAGCCAAGAAAAGGUACAAAGUUUCCCUUAUUCAAACUUCUUAGCA